UUGUAUCCUGCAACUGAUGGUAAAGAACAUAUUAGUAAUUGUUGGUUCAUCUUGCUUAAGUUCAAGAAAACUCUGAAAUGGAAAACGUUGAAGCCAAGCACAUCCAUAACUCAACUCUUAAAACCCAUAAACUUUCCUUUAUGGCCCAAAUUUGCUUGAGGCUUUUGGCCACCGUAGCCACCCUUGCUGCAGCAUGGAUUAUCCUCACUAGCAAGCAAACUGUUGCGGUUUUUGGGAUGGUUGUUGAUGCACGUUAUAGCUACUCUCCAGCAUUCAAAUUCUUCGCGUAUGCCAAUGUCAUCGUGUGUGCAGUCUCGGCUUUAUCCUUGCUUCUUCUCCUCGUCAUUAGUUACAAAUCUCUGGUUGGAAUGAAGUUUUUCUACUUUUUCCUCCAUGAUUUGAUGGUGGUUACCCUACUGAUGGCCGGAUGUGCAGCAGCAACUGCAAUUGGAUACGUUGGACAACAUGGGAACAGCCAUACUGGUUGGAUGCCAAUCUGUGACAACUUUGGCAAAUUCUGUAGAAAAGUUGCUAUUUCUGUGGCACUCUCCUACUUUGGUGUCAUGGUGUAUCUCCUCCUCACAAUCAUAUCAGCUGUGAAUUCUAGGUGGAUUCAAGUUUGAAGUUCUUAGUACUUGUAAUAGUUGAAGAAGAUAAUAUGUUUCGUGUGAUUUAUGUUGCUGAUGUCCAGGAUCAAUGCUGUAGGAGUUGUGUAAUUUCAGUUUGUUUGCCAGCAAAAUGCUUCUGUAUCUUUUGUCUCUCUUCUACUUAUGGGAACAAAAAUGUGAA